AGCUGGCCGACAUCUCAACAUCCUCACACCUCCCUCUCUCCUGCGAUUCACUGUCGGCGGGUCUCCAUGGCCUCAAUUGCUUCGGCAUGUAGACUGUCGGCGCGAGUCGCUCGGCGGCAACUGCGACAAUAUGGCUCAACCAGAGCUUUCCACCCAGCUCCUACCAGCUUGGCUGCGCAUAACUUCACCAUGCCAGCGCUAUCUCCGACGAUGACCGAGGGCAAUAUCGCGAGUUGGAAGGUCAAAGAAGGGGACUCGUUUUCAGCUGGCGAUGUCCUCCUCGAAAUCGAGACCGAUAAGGCGCAAAUGGAUGUUGAGGCCCAGGACGAUGGCAAACUGGCAAAGAUCACGCAAGGCGACGGCUCCAAGGGAGUCCAAGUCGGAAGCAGGAUUGCUGUGACAGCGGAGCCUGACGACGACUUGAGCUCGUUGGAGAUCCCAGCGGAAGACAAGCCUGCGGAGGCACCGAAGAAAGAGAGCAAAGAAGCAUCCCCGAGCAAGCCCAAAGCUGAAUCGACGCCACCCCUUAAGGAGCAGAAACCCUCACAACCCGCGCCUUCAAGCUCCGAAUCCAGUGAGAAAAGCCCCCAAGCUCAGGCACAGAAGCAGAAGUACCCUCUGUAUCCCUCUGUCGCCGCGCUACUCAAGGAGAACGGACUGGCAAAAGAGGACGCAGACACAAUACCAUCGACUGGACCAGGUGGCAGGCUCCUGAAGGGCGAUGUUCUGGCCUAUCUUGGCGUCAUUGAGAAGUCAUAUCCUCUAGAACAAUCGAAACGGAUAGGAAAGCUCAGCCAUUUGGACCUCUCCAACAUCAAGAUUGCUCCACCCAAGAAGGAGGCCGCUCCAGAGAAGCCAGCUACAGCGCCAGAUGUUGUUGAGGAGGUUGACACCGAGAUCGCAGUCCCGAUCUCGCUCACGGCGGUUCUGGAGUGCCAGAAGCGUAUUAAAGAUUCUGUCGGCAUUUUCUUACCCAUCUCUACGUUCAUUGCGAGAGCUACUGAAUUGGCCAACGAUGGCCUCCCCCGCUCAAAAACAGCGAAGCCGUCUGCAGACGAGCUGUUCAAUGCUGUCCUCGGCUUGGACAAGGUCUCCGGCCCGUCAGUUUCUCGAGGGUACUUUGUUCCCCAGGUCACCGCUCUCCCUCCCGUCUUGUUGAAGGCUUCCAAAUCAGCACCUAAGAAGGGCAAGUCUGACAUCCUUGAUAUUCUCGCUGGCAGGAAGAGUGUCUCGCGUUCAGUCUCAGCUCCCAUAACCGGCGGCGCCACAGGCGCUGUUGCUCCAGUCAAUGUAUUCAGCGUUAGCGUUCCCAAGGGCGAUGAGCGAAGGGCACAGGUGUUUUUAGAAAGGGUCAAAGUUGUGCUUGAGGCAGAACCAGGCCGUCUAGUCUUAUAGGCUGGGGUAGCUAGUUCGCCGUGUAGUAUUUGUACACUAUUUCCUGUUCUUUGCGAGUGGACCAAUAUAGACUAUCAUACAGGCCCGUGUAAUAUCAUCUGUGAGCGAGCAAAAUGCCC